GGAGGGGGGCGAAGGGAGAGGAGGAGGUUGUCUCGUUUCUCGUCGUCUGCUUCUCCUAGUGUCGCGGUUUUGAAGUUGUUCGGCAAAGAGCUGCAGGGGCACAAGAAGAGAGAAAAUGGAAAUUUGGACACGUUUGAAAGCAUGGGUCCCCACAGUACUCGCUGCGCAACCUGACACCAAUGCGGUGGCCGAUCUGCACCAAAAUCAGCCACAAGGCGAUGCAGCUGUAGAGGUUAAUGGGGAUGGCGAAGUGAAAGAGACUGAGAAGAGGAAGGUUGACCUAAGUAUCAGACCAGAAAAUUUCACCGACAUUCUAGUUGAUCGAGAGGGUAGUUACGAAUAUUUUCCGGAAAGGAAAGAACGAUACAAGGCUCCAGUGUGGAAGCGCUUCACUAUGACGGGUGGUCUGGAAGGGUUUACGAGAGCUUCCUGCGAGAAAAAGCUGUACAAAUUAAUGAAGGAGGAGCCCCUGAUCAAGCUGUUGAUUGGAGCUUUAGAAACAUCGGGAUGCCCUAUUAAUAUACGAAGGAACUUCUCCUGCGAGGUGUGUUACACCGGGGUUUGCGGAGGGUACGACACAGAAACACAACAAAUAGUAAUGUGCAUGAACAAUGUUAAAGACGAAGGCAGGAUGGCCACAAUUUUGGCCCAUGAGCUGAUUCACAUGUUUGAUCACUGUGUCAAUGAAACUAACUUUAAAUCAGCAGAACACCUGGCUUGCACAGAAAUUCGAGCCAUCAACUUAACAAGUUGUAGCCUGAUUGAUUCCUUCUUUGGAGGAUAUGUUAGCACGAUGGAUUUGAUAAGUAAGGGUUAUGGAAAGAAGCAUGCCAUUUGUGUCAAAGAUAGAGCACUGAAUUCUGUACUGGCUGCCUCCUCCAACCUCAGUGAGGAGGAUGCUCGUAGAGUCAUUGAUAAAGUGUUUCCCCACUGCUAUAAUGAUCUUGAACCAAUUGGUAGGAGACUGAGACAUAAAACAACUGAUAAUGAAAGAGCUUAUAAGGAUGGGAAACAUUAUGGAUAUGUAUAACCACUAGGUAUAGAAAAAUGAAUAAAAUUGAUUGUGAAACUUA